CCCAGUCUCCGGAGCCGCCGAGCGCUGCCCAUCGCCUCUCCGCCCUCCGCCGUCCCUCCCGCGGCAGCUCCGCCGGCGCCGGCGGAGGCAGCAGCGGAGCGAGGGGCGGCCCCGGGGCCGCUGCCCCCUUCCCCGCCGCGGGGGUGUGCGGGCAUCGCCGGGGGUGCGCGGAGCGCGGAGCGGAGCCCGGCGCCGCCUCCAUGUUCCAGCUGCCCAUCCUCAAUUUCAGCCCGCAGCAGGUGGCCGGGGUAUGCGAGACCCUGGAGGAGAGUGGGGACAUCGAGCGCCUGGGGCGCUUCCUCUGGUCCCUGCCCGUGGCUCCGGCGGCCUGCGAGGCGCUCAACAAGAACGAGUCGGUGCUGAGAGCCCGGGCCAUCGUGGCCUUCCACACGGGGAACUACCGGGAGCUCUACCACAUCCUGGAGAACCACAAGUUCACCAAGGAGUCCCACGCCAAACUGCAAGCCCUCUGGCUGGAAGCGCACUACCAGGAGGCGGAGAAGCUGCGGGGCCGACCCCUGGGGCCGGUGGACAAGUACCGGGUGAGGAAGAAGUUCCCGCUGCCCCGCACCAUCUGGGACGGCGAGCAGAAGACACAUUGCUUCAAGGAGAGGACGAGGCAUUUGCUGCGGGAGUGGUACCUGCAGGACCCUUACCCCAACCCCAGCAAAAAGCGGGAACUGGCUCAGGCCACGGGACUUACUCCCACGCAAGUGGGCAACUGGUUCAAAAACCGCAGGCAAAGGGACAGGGCAGCAGCCGCUAAGAACAGGCUACAGCAGCAGGUCCUAACGCAGGGCUCGGUGCGCUCGCUGCAAGCGGAGGAGGAGAGCGGCGGGGAGGCGGUGGGGGCCGCCUCCAGCCCCGCAGCCAGCCUCUCCAGCAAAGCGGCCACCUCCGCCAUCUCCAUCACAUCCAGCGACAGUGAAUGUGACAUCUGACACCACCGCCAUGGCAAUCCGGGGGCAGCGGGAGGCCCGGCUCACCGGUGCCUGCCCGAACGGCCGGAGCAGCGGGGCUGGCAGUGCCCGGCCGCGGGUGCCAAACCCGGGGUGCGGGGCGCUCCCCCGCCGCCCGCCCGCGCCUCCCUCACAGUCCCGCCGCAGACUGCAUUAAAAACACGUCACUGAAAUCGUUGUCGCCUUUACUUCGAAGGAUUUGCAGAAGUUAUGCCUAAAAAAAAAAA